UAACCGAUAGUCUGGAUAAGUGUUCUGGUUAAGGGAAAGCUUUUUCUAAUUUCUUUGGAUUAUUUUAGUAACAUAUUUGCUUUGCAGGAGUAUAACUUUGCUGUUUUAUUGUGUAAUAUGAUGCAAUGUCAGCUGAAUACCCACUGCAUGAGCUGUGAAGUUAACCGGGAACUCUUGAGCAUUGACAUCAUGGAUAGACGCGGAUGAUUUUCAUCGAACAGGUGUUCCUUUCAUGUUUAUCCAUGACUCUGCUGUUUGCUGAUGGAACAGAAGGUCCUCAGUAAGUCCUCAAUGGUUUCCAGACUGCCAAAAUUUGGUGCGCGUCCUGUCAAUGGUACCCCCUCACCCCUUCCCAAUGGUACAACCCAGACUGCGCUCACCCAAGAGAGCAAAAAUCCCCCGGCUAGGCCAAAAGGAGUGGUCAGAGCCUCCUCCUUUUCCAUGAAAUGGAGGAAGUACAGUGAUGGGUCAGUGGACCCUUCAAGCCCAGUCACGGGCAGUAUACCAGAAGAAAAAAAAGAAGUUCGCUCCCUGCAUUCACCAGGAAGUAGGGAGUUAAAAAGCCCUUCUACUCCUGCAACCAAAGUGCGCAGGUCUGCCUCCUCAUUGUCCACCGGAAGCCCCAAACCUGUAGCCAAAUCCCCUAAAUCCAUCCCGAGCCCUAAACCAACGCCCAAAAACACUCAGAUCACCUCCAAAAGUCAGGAAAUAUCCCAAAAAAACUCAAGCUCCAAGCUGACUCAAAAUGGGACAUCAUCUCUGGGGUCUUCACCAGGCCAAGCAGCCUCUUCGGGGCUCCAGCGACCAAGGGCGAACUCUAGCUCUACUCGAAGCACCUCUAGAGACAGCUUGUCCCAGUCCAACGACAGCCUCUCACGCCAGCCUGCCGUGCCUGACUACAUGGUGCGUUCUCAGAGCUUCACCCACUUCAAGCAACUGCCCUCACCAACAUCCGCACCCAUGACUCGAUCCUUUUCUUUCAACAGGGCUGUGGAGCUAGCCAAACCGCUAGCUAAUACCCAGCUGCGUCCUCCGCGAACACUUGGACUUAAAUCUUCCCUGAGCCUCAGCAAGGGCCGGCUAGUGCUCGGUUUAGGGGGCCUGGGUUUUGGAAAGGGGUUAACAGAUAGACUAUCUACUGGGACUCCUUCUUUAGAGAGCUUAACGCCUUCUAAUUCCAUAAAAAGGCCACUUCUGCCUAACUCUGCACUGACAAAGCACUCGUUACAGGCCUACAGGCUAAAUCGACCAAUUGCUGCCAAACCGCAGUGCCCUCUAGUGGUUGGGAGGUACCCUGUGGAGAGUGACGUUAUAACCCUGCCUCUCACUCCAGAGCUGCUCCAUUGUGCCAAAAAGAGUGCAUCAGCUUCUACAGUUUCCUCAGAGGAGCAUGUGACAGAGCCGGGGUUGGAUGGGAACCUCCGCUACUCUGGGGAUGGAACGGAGGACAUGUCUCUCUCCUCUGCAUCUUCUCUUGAGAGGAAUGACACCAGUGAGGAGUUCCUAGAUGACUUUGACAACACAGGGGACCAAUCGCAGAAUGGAAUCCUGCAUAACAAAAUUCCUUUAGCCACACCCACCCAGACACGCCUGCAGAGCUUCUUAAAUGAGACCAUGGACUGGACUGGGAUUGGGCUGGAAGGUGGAAAGGCAGAUUUAAGGGCUGGUGUGCUCCGUGGGCGGCCGCCGCCGCUCAUGUCCCCUGAUGUGGAUCGUCAUGCGGCCUCCUCUCUGGAGCUCUCCCCCUCUAACAGCUCUGGAGGAACAUACAUGUGGGAUGAGGAGGGCAUGGAGCCACUGGGACACAACACGCAUAUACACCGUUGCAGCAGUUAUGAGUCAGACCUCAACAGCAUAGACAUUCUGAACAACUUUGAUAACACUGGAUCAUGUGACCUGGAAGAUGAUGACCUCAUGCUUGAUGUUGAUCUGCCAGAAGACAGGGCCUUACACAAUGAUGGGAUGGCCCACUUUGAGCGCUCUGAAAGGGGGGGCCGGCCGGCUCAAUGGAGGAGGAGACAGCAGAGAUGGAGUGGAAUGGAUCAAGCUCAUAAUGACAACAGGCUGGCCGGGUUUCAUUACGAUGCCUGUCGUACAGGCCAUCGGCCCCUCCAUCCCACAGUUCAGCAUGACAGUCACACGGUGGUGCUAGAUGAGCUCACUUUCAAGCACGUGGCAGAAGACUGUUCGUCUGUCAAAUCACAGCUGCUCAAACUCAAGAGUCUGCUGCAGAUGGAUGAUGGUGAGAUUACUCCAGAGAGUUUGGAUUCCAGUGAAGAUGACAGCAGAGCCAAGCAGAUGGAGGAACUGAUGAAGGAGGUGGCGCAUCUCAGGGAAGAGCUGAAAAAUAAAGAUAAAAUCAUCACACGGCUCACUCAUCAACAGCAUCAAGAAUCUCCGGUGAGAUGUCAGUGUCAUCAGCUGAAGUCAGGGGCCAAAGGUGAGAGAAGAACGCAUCAUGAUAAAUCCACUCAGACGGUGUGGCGACCGCCCCAUCAUCACCCCGCUCCUCAAAUACUUCAGCCCAUCAGUCACAUCCCCAACGAGCCCCUCAUCCAGGGAAAACUAGCAAGAACAGUCCCCACCGGGGGCCACAAUGAUGCCUGCACCGAAGGAGAACAGCCUUCUACGUCCUGUCCUCCAGUCCCCUCCACCGACCCAAUUCUUCCUCCUGCUGGAGAUCCUCACGUGGAGUCUAAAUCUCUUUCUGACCCAGAGGAGCUGAGUUGGUUGCUUAGCACCCACCUUCGCAUACAAGACAACAAUGAGAGUGUCUCACAGUGGGCUGGAGAACAGAUUGUGAGACCGACCCCAGAAAGCCAUCAAAACAAACUCCUGCAAACACCUCAUACCCUGUCCUUCAGCCCGCGUGUCCUGCAGCCUCCACGUCUACACAAACGGGUAACUCUCCCUGUUCUGCCUAUAGGGGGCAGUAGUGGGUCAAACCCAAAACCAGGACCCUCAAUGAACCACAAGGCCCAUCAGCUUCUUCCGCCUCCUCCGUCCAGAGGUUUGCCAUGCUACAGUGCAGGGAACGUCGCCGUGACUCGCGGCCGGCUAUCCCAGCCUUGGCCAGCAGUGGUCAGGAGAGAGGCUGACCCCGAACACAACGCUUCGGUACCACUCGGUAUCUCCACAAGACUUGAAAAGCCAAAGAUCCACUGAGCGUCAGCUGCAGCCAUAAACACUGAUAAGGCUACCUCCCUGAACGCAUGAUCACACAUGCGGCUUGCACUAGAUGGUGUUGUUAGUGGCUAGACAACCUUUUAAGCUAAACAAAGAAGCUAAGCUAUCGCAUCUAACUAUGCAACAAAAAAGUAGUGUCACAAUCAGCGCUUCUGUCGCACAAAACCACUCUUUUGAUUCAGACUAAAAGUCAUUGAUCAUCAUUCCAUAACCACUGAGAAACCUUUACCGCUCACAAUUACAUCAUCCAUACAUAACCAUGUUAAUACAGUUGAGCUUCUCAUGGAUUGAUAAACUGGAGAAAAGGAUGACUGACAGAAAUUCAGACUGCUUGUUUUCCCAAAUUUUGCCCUGUCUUUCAAUGGAAAGCACUAGAGAGCUCAUUUUUUUUUACCGUUACUCAACAAACGUCAAAGAAAGUGCCAUAGAUUGCUUGCGGAGCUUUUUCAAGGCCCUCAGUGUCUGAAUAUUUUCCCAUGCGGCAUGCCCUCUGGACGCCUACUCAUUUAGUGGGUGAAUCUGACAUUUGCAUCACCAACCUCCCGUGGCUUAACUGCGAAAACACACAUAUUAUUGUCUACGCAACCUCCCAGAGCUUGUCGUAGAGACAGAGAAGUCAGUGUCUCAUGACCCACGUCUCAUCUUCAGUUUCCACAGAGAAAACCUGUCAGUCUGCUGUGAUUUGAUCUGUAUGUAGAUUACUUCAUGCCACAUUUCAUAUCCUUGUCUGUGUUCACCACAUAAACACGAAGUCCAAGCUACAAAUUAUUUUUGUUUUUGUUGAAAAAAAAUGUCUUCUCAGUGCUAAAGACUUGCUUUGACGUAAAGACAGUGUUUUGGCAGGAGGGCGCACAUGCCGCUGUCAGUGCUUCCUUUAUUUCCACCUUGGCUUCAGUCGUGAUCAGCAGUUUUUCAUUUUAAUUAGGCUCAUGCCUCCUGUAUUAAUAAGGUUAUUUUUCUUGAUUAUGGAUUAUGGCAUGCUCAAAGCAUUAACUUGCCUUUUCACCCCGCAUUAGUUGCAUACAAAAUUGUUAUAAUUCUUUUGAAUUAUUUAUACAUUAUAAAGAUGUUUACAGUUAAAACGGCUUUAUUAAGCUGUUCAGUCUGCUCCAAUGCUGCAGGAUUAACAUUUUUGCCUUGUCUUUGGCACAGAAAUACUCUUGCAGAGACUUGAGCGAGUUCUUAAUUUUUGGAAAAGAUUUUCGUCUUGAUUUUGCACUAACUUAUUUUUGACUUUGCAAGCAAUGAUAAAUAAAAAACAAAACAAAAA